CUGGCGCCACUCCUGCUGGGCAGCCCACAGGGUCCCUGGGCGGAGGGCAGGAGCAUCCAGUUGGAGUCAACAACGGGAGGCAGGCCCUCCCGUGUCUCCACAGACGCAUCAUGGAGGGCCCCCGGGGAUGGCUGGUGGUCUGUGUGCUGGCCAUAUCGCUGGCCUCUAUGGUGACCGAGGACUUGUGCCGAGCACCAGACGGGAAGAAAGGGGAGGCAGGAAGACCCGGCAGACCGGGGCGGCCAGGCCUCAAGGGGGAGCAAGGGGAGCCAGGGGCCCCUGGCAUCCGGACAGGCAUCCAAGGCCUUAAAGGAGACCAGGGGGAACCCGGGCUCUCUGGAAACCCCGGCAAGGUGGGCUACCCAGGGCCCAGCGGCCCCCUCGGGACCCGUGGCAUCCCGGGAAUUAAAGGCACCAAGGGCAACCCAGGAAACAUCAAGGACCAGCCGCGACCAGCCUUCUCGGCCAUUCGGCGGAACCCCCCAAUGGGGGGAAAUGUGGUCAUCUUCGACACGGUCAUCACCAACCAGGAAGCACCAUACCAGAACCACUCGGGCCGGUUCAUCUGUACUGUACCCGGCUACUACUACUUCACCUUCCAGGUGGUGUCCCAGUGGGAAACCUGCCUGUCCAUCGUCUCCUCCUCAAGGGGCCAGGUCCGACGCUCCCUGGGCUUCUGUGACACCACCAACAAGGGGCUCUUCCAGGUGGUGUCAGGGGGCAUGGUGCUUCAGCUGCAGCAGGGUGACCAGGUCUGGGUCGAAAAAGACCCCAAAAAGGGUCACAUUUACCAGGGCUCUGAGGCCGACAGCGUCUUCAGCGGCUUCCUCAUCUUCCCGUCUGCCUGAGCCAUGGAAGGACCCCCUCCCCUACCCACCUCUCUGGCUUCCAUGCUCCGCUCUGUAAAACGGGGGCACUAUUGCUUCAGCUGCUGAAGGGAGGGGGCUGGCUCCGAGAGCCCCAGGACUGGCUGCCCCAUGACACAUGCUCUAAGAAGCUCGUUUCUUAGACCUCUUCCUGGAAUAAACACCUGUGUCUGUGUCUGCUGAACAUAAGCUUCAGUUGCUACUCGGGGCACUGAGAGGGAGGCCUAAGAAUAAUAACAAUCCAGUGCUUAAGAGUCAGGCCCGCCCUUAGUAUUUUUUUUUUUUUUUUAAGAUGGAGUUUUGCUCUUGUCACCCAGGCUGGAAUGCAAUGGAGUGAUCUUCGGUCACUGCAACCUCCGCCUCCCGGGUUCAAGCAACUCUCCUGCCUCAGUCUCCCAAGUAGCUGGGAUUACAGGCACCUGCCACCAUGCCCCGUGAAUUUUUUCUAUUUUUAGUAGAGAAGGGGUUUCACCAUGUUGGCCAGGCUGGUCUUGAACUCCUGACCUCAAGUGAUCCGCCAGCCUUGGCCUCCCAAAGUGCUGGGAUUAGAGGCGUGUGCCACCACGCCCGGCCCAUUCUUAGUAUUUCACAUGAUAUGUUUAGCAGGUCCUAGCAGCCUCAUCUACCCAGGUUUGAAUCCUGAUGCCACCACUUAUUAGCUGUCUAAUCAUGUGCAUGUUAACCGAGCUGUGAGAUCUGUUUCCUUAUCUGUAAAGUGGGACUGAUGAUCCCAAAGGGUCAUUGGGAGGACUAAAUGACUUAAUAUAUGAAAA